CUUCUCCAGGACAGGCAGACGUGCGCGUUCUUCUGGCGCUGGCGGACUUUUAAUUGUGUAGCUCUGGAAGCCAACAGGCUGCACGGCGCAAAGACGCUUUGAUUUUUAUUUUAUGUUUUUUAUUUGUAUUUAUUUUUUUACGCAUGUAUGCGGAAUUUUUUUGUUUUGGGUUGUUUUGUUUUUUUUUCUUUCCCGAACGACAAAUCAAAGUUUGGAGUUGCUUUAAAGUGUGAGUGACUUUAUAGGCUCUGGACUUUGUUUGGGUUUCAUUUAUUAUGUCCGCCGAGGCGCAUUCACAUUUGGGACUGCAGAAAAACCCCAUGAAUUUUGUCAACGACUUCGACCUGAUGAAGUUCGGCAUUAAGAAAGAGGCGAUGCAGGGGCUGGACCGCUCCUUCAUCGGGCCGUGCGCUCCGCUGCAGAGACCUGACUCGGUUUCCUCCACGCCUGGCAGCACACCGUGCAACUCGGUGCCAUCGUCACCAAACCUCAACCCCAACGAGCACAGAAAUAACCCCGGGAGUGAUCAGUUCUGGCUGUCCGGCAACGGGGGUUACGCUCAGCAGAUGUACCCUCAGGCUUUCGGGCUGACACCGGAGGACGCAGUGGAGGCCCUCAUUGGUGCCACGGCGCAGCAGGGACACCCGUCUGCGCCCCACAGCCACCAGCCGGCGCCUUUCUCGGCAGAAUAUGAAGGCUACCUGAACAAUCCUGUCCAGCACUACCCUGGAAUGUCGGGUCACCUCGAAAUGCAAGGUCUCCCGAGCACCAACUGCCACGAUCAGUAUCCCAAAGACGACAUGAGAGGCGCGUCUCCGGAGUCGCCGGAGGCCCAGCAGUUCGCCGGCGCGCAUCACCAACUCCAGCAGCAGCAGCACGGCCGCCACGACAGGCGAUCCGGCGCCGAGCUCCACUUCUCCGACGAUCAGCUGGUGUCCAUGUCCGUCAGGGAGCUGAAUCGGCUUCUCAGAGGCCUCAGCAAGGACGAGGUGAUGCGGCUGAAGCAGAAGCGCCGGACGCUGAAAAACAGAGGUUACGCGCAGUCCUGCCGCUACAAGCGCGUCCAGCAGAAACACAUCCUGGAGCACGAAAAGACGAGUCUGGUGUCCCAAGUGGAGCAGCUGAAACACGAACUCAACAGGCUGAUCCGGGAGAGGGAUGCGUACAAACUGAAGUGUGAGAAACUAACCGGUGCGAACUGUUACCACGAAGCAGGUUCCACCAGCGACAACCCGUCAUCACCCGAGUAUUUAAUGUGAGAGCUGGUCACCGUGGAACACGUGCACAGCCGCGAAAAACACGGAUUUAUCAAGUGGGAGAGGAUUAAAAACAAAAACUGAAACAGAUCGAUGCACCUAGUUAUGAAUUAAAUUUUACAAUAAAGCAUGCAGGGCAUGUAUAAGAUCUUUUUUUUAUUUUAUUCAGGCAUAUAUUGUAUUUAGUCUGAAAUACUUGAAAUCAGAUACUAUUCCAUUUUAUUCACAUAAAAGUGAGCUUAAAUGCUUCUGCUUUAGUUACUGCUCAAUCUUCAUAAUGGUAAUUCUUUGUUGUUUUGUAGUUCACUUUAUAGUUUGUGUUUAUGCUUCUUUAAAAUAGAAAAAAAAAUACUAAAAACGAUGAGAAAAAUGUCAUGUUUAUGUUUGUUUUUUUUUUAAAUGAAGUUGAUUCUGCUGGACAGAUGUGUUUGUUUUUCUUUGAACCAACAUGCAAUUAUGCAAAUUGUUUUCCCAUCUACUGUUUUUUUAUAUAUAUUUUUUGAUCAAUAAACCCAUCCUGAAUUUUUAAAA